GACGAUGAAGUUUGAGAGUUGUGGUGGUUGUAGUGGACUGGUUAUGGAGGAUUUAAGGGAGGAGUUAUUGGCAGAGAUAUUGGUUAGAACGUCGGCGAAAGAUGUGGUGAGGUGCAAGUACAUGUGCAAGUCAUAGCACCGAUUAAUUUCAGAAGAUGAAAAUUUGAUGCUCAGGAGGUUAUGGCCUAAUUCCCCCAUUGCUGGUAUCUACUUCUGGAGUUUGGUGCUGUACAAACAUUCUCACUUCACCCAACGAAGACGAUCAUACAUUGAUUUUCUUAUUCAGUUUUCCGAUGUUGCCGAUAUCAAUUUUGUGUCUGUCCCUCUUGAAACGGAGCCAGAGCGAAUUCAGCCAUCUUGGGUUCUCAUUGACUACUCCAAUGGCUUAGAACUUCUGUUCGACUCGAGCUUUUGGCAGUACGUUGUUUUCAAUACCACCACAAAACAACAAUGCUAUCUUCCUAAAGCACUCGAACACUCCAGAAAGUUCCAUUUUUUGGUAGCCUUGGCUUUUGAUCCUAUAGAAUCCCUUCAUUACAGAGUUGUCCAGAUGAGUGAACCCAUAUCCAUGGACAUGUAUGAACAAAUUGGUCCCGAGGCCUCACUUGUUCUGGACGUGUUUUCUUCUGAAACUGGACACUGGGUUUGACAUCAUCUUCAACUGGGUACAAUUUUUGCACGUAAUUCAUUGUUGUUUUAAAGGCAUUUCACUUACUUCCGUGGAGUGUUGUAUUGGAUGGUAAGCUCAUCCAAUAUUUUAUGCAUUGACCUUGAUAAUCUUGCCAAAACUCCUACCUGUCUUCUUCACGUCCCUUAUCGAGAGAAAGCUGUGGUAGCUCGUGUAAAUGAUGCAAAAAGAGAGGUUGAAUCCUCUGAUAUGUGUAAAAUUGGACGUCUUGGGGUGUCAAUGAACCACCUUUAUUAUUGUAGACGUGUAAGUAGGUUGGGUGCUUUCUGUGUUUGGUUUUAUGUUGAUGGUGGCAAUAGAAAUGGCCCUGGUGAAUGGGUUCUCAAAUUUAGUGUUUCCCACCGUUAUCUGCAAGAUAUUAUAUUCGAUCAACUUUCACUUCGCCGUGAAACAUGGAUUGAACCCAUUGCUGUUACUCCAAAUGCUGAUGUCUUGUUCGUUGGAGCUAAAGACUGGAUCUUAAGCUACCAUAUUGAAAGCAAAAAACUUCAGUUGGUGUAUGAAGGAGCACCUAAUAGAGAACAAUCGCUUCUGAUGGUGGGGAGAUUUUAAGUAUGGAUACACAUGAUUUACAUGAUAAUUAGUGAAGUUUCAAGUGUUUGUAAACAAUUGUGACAAAGUGAUUUACAGAACAUUUGUUCAGACAAAAUUACAUGCAUGUGGAACCAAAGUUUUUGUAAAUAAUUCUAAUAAGAUUAUAAUUUAUAUGACACAAAAA